AACGCAAAAGAAAAAAAAUUCCCCAUGUCCCCUAGAGGGCUCCGUACCGUACAGCUCCACAUAACAUCGCACUUCUGCCCUAUUUUCGCUUAAUUUUCUGAAAUGUACCGGUUCGGAAAUCAGCAGUAAAAACUCCACAGCGCGUCACUGUGGAAACUGGCCCCACGUGUUAUCGUUUCCUUUCUUAUAAAGAUUAAAUCACUGCAGGUACAUAAGACGGCCUAUUGGGUUAUAAAUCACUGAACGGAGCCAAAAUAUGUUUUACCUUUAUUUUAAUUAUGAAUGGGGACAAAAAACAUCCAGUGGCUUUUAUUGAAAUGACCUUUUCCAAACGAUAACACGCUGGACGAGUUUCCACAGUGACGCUGUGGAGUUUUUACUGCUGAUUCCUGAACCUUGCGUCAGACUGCAGUUUAUUAAGGCGAGUCCACAGAGGGACGGACUCAUGUGGACCAGGAAGCUGAUGGAGACACAGUAAACAGCUGACAUGUAAACUAAGUCCAUUUUUAAACAUUGCAGCCAUUUUUAAUCAUUUUGUUGAAGGUAGUUUUUUUUAAAAAAUCACAUUUUAAGCUGCUUCGCUGUUAUUUCGAGCAGCGGCUGAAUAAUUUCGCGUCUCUGGACUUCAUGAAUACGGACUUGGAGGAGCAGGAAGACGAGCUGCUCGCCCUGCAGAGCAUAUUUGGUUCGGAAGAGUUCCUCCGAAAUGAGUCGAAGUCUGCCGGAGAAUUCCGAGUUUCCGUGGAGCUGCCAGCGGGAUUCACUGUGCUCCUAAAACACGGUGGAACGAUAAGGCAGUAUGACGUCUCUUUCCUUCCACCGCUGAUUCUGACCUUUGAACUUCCUGGAGAUUACCCAUCCUCCGCCCCUCCCUCCUUCACUCUCACCUGCUGCUGGCUGACUCAACCACAGCUAACGUCCCUGAGUGAUCAGCUCACAGAUCUCUACCAGGCCACUGGGGGCGCUGUGGUGCUCUUCUCCUGGAUCCAGUUUCUGAGAGAGGAAGCCCUGAAGCAGCUGGACAUCCACAAUCUGCUGGAGCUUCCUUCUGACCAGAACCAUUCUUCCUCAGCUGCAGACAGAUCUGAACUUCCUGGGUCUGUUCCGGCCGGACAGGAAGUCGUCCCUCCAAACGAAGACCAAAGUGACUCUGGUCUCUCUUUGACUGCGUCUCAGAUUCUCCUGUCCCAGAUUUUGAUCCAUGAUGCAGAGCAGAAACAAAAGGUGUUUGCCGCCACGCCGUUUGACUGCGGCGUGUGUUUCUCGAGCCGGCUCGGGUCCGAGUGCGUGCAGCUGUACGAGUGCGGCCACAUCUUCUGCCUGGCCUGUCUCGACGAGUUCUGGAAAGCCCAGAUUACGGAGGGGAACGUCCGCGGCGUUACCUGUCCUCAGGUAGACUGCUCUGCCACGCCAACACCUGCACAGGUGAAAAGUCUUGUAGGAGAGGAGCUCUUUCACAGAUAUGAUCGUCUUCUGCUACAGUCUACCCUGGACGUCAUGCCUGACAUCACGUAUUGUCCUCGGCUUACUUGCGGUUCUGCUGUGAUCUUGGAGAAGUCCAGCCCUGCAGCGAUGUGCUCUGUCUGCAGCUUUGCUUUCUGUGUAGACUGUAAAAAAACGUACCAUGGAGCAAGCAAGUGCUACGAAGAGCCUGACUUGUCUACAGAGAAGAGUGAAGAUCAGCUGGUAGCUUUACCAAAGACAGGAGAGGGGAUCCAGGCGCUUAUGGAGAAUUAUGCUAAAGGCGGCAAGCGGAAGCGUCGCCUCCUAGAAAACAGAUAUGGCCGUAAAUUGUUUGUCUACACCUUUGAAAAGCACGUUAGCGACAAAUGGAUAACCACCAACACCAGACCCUGCCCUCACUGCUUCUCCCCAAUACAGAAAGAUGGCGGAUGCCACCACAUGUUUUGCACUCAUUGUAAACGGAAGUUUACGUGGCAGUGACUCUGUAGACUUGACUCUUUAGAACAGUCUUUCUCAAACUUUGGACCGCGGCUGCCCCCUACUGGCCCCCCAGGGACUGCACGUAAACGACCGUUUAUUUACCGUGACGUCAGCUCGAAGUGCGACGCUACAGCUAGCUUAGCAAUGGAUUGUGUUUAAAAAUAAUAAUGAAUCAAAUCGGAUACCGGUGGAAAGAAAACAACGCCAGGAAUACUUUUAUGCAGAGGUGAGCAGAGUACUAAAAAACUUUACUGAAGCAAGACUAGUUCUACUUCGACAUAUUUUUAAUCAAGUAAACAUAAAAAGUAGCCUUCCAAGAAAUUAUUCACGUAAGAAUAAAAAAGUAUUACAAAAAGAAUUACAGCUGUAUUAUAACUAACUUCAGUCCCUGCAGCUUCACCCUGGAUUUUAUAACUGAUACGAUAUGCAAGUCGAAAUGUUCAGGUCCUUUAUCUGAAGCCGUUAGCAGAGCUAGUAGCUUCUCCGUCUCUUUAGCCAUUAGCUCUAAGUCCAGACUGAAACGAAGCAUCAGUGUCCUUAUGAAAAGAAUCAACUCUAGUCUUGGUAUUUUAAGGUUUUAGCAAAUCUUAUUUUCACUUAAAAUGUUUGUGACAAAAUGCUUGUUUCAAAACUACAAGAUGACAACAUUACAAUAAUUUGAUAAUUUUCUGAGUGAGCUUUGCUAUGCUGUUAGGACAGAAUCAUGGGAGAGAAGGAAAAACUUAUUUAUGGCUUCAAGCAGUAAAAUCAGAUUUUACUGUAAACUUUCUGUCAGCACUGGGAAUAUAAACUGCUAAAAGUCUGCCCAGUAACAGUUUCAUUAUUUAUCUGUGAGGUCAGGCUCACAGAAACGUUCAAAAACAUUAAAACUCAUAAUAAAAAAAUGCUACUCUCCACCGGUUUGCUUUCUGUCACAAACACUAGAUGGCGCUGAAGAACAACAACAGCUAAAUGAGCCUUAGAAAUGUUGAUUUUCUUUUCUGUAAGCAGAAACACAAAUGCUACAAUAUACAAAGUGAUGUUUAUUUUAUGCAAAGCAUUAAAAAAAAUUUACCCUAAAUAAUAAUUUGUAGUGCAAUAACUCUUACAUUAUUAAGAUCUGAAAUAUGAAAAAUUGGUCAACUUUUCAUCUUACAUUUAAAAAUGACAGUAAAAUGUCUUAAAUAAAUCUACCAG